GCUGCACUGAGAAUUUACUGUAGCUGUUCAGCGAGUGAGGAUAAAUUGACGUAUCGUGCACCAAUUUAUUGGGAGUCUUUGAAGUGAUAUCUGAGGAAAUACGAGGAUCCACGAACUGAAGUCGAAAUAACUAAACGCGUGUUUUAUAACCUACACAUGCAGUCGUGACGGCGUAGGAACAGCUGUAUGUGGACGGCUGGUGUAAUGUAAUUGACCUUAAAUGAAUGCCUUGAAUAUCACCAGAAGAACAGAGCCUGUGAUGAUAUGUCAACGCAACAACAAAUAGUUGGCGCUGAUAUUUUAUUGGAAUUUCUAGAAGUAGCAUUUCACAAUAUUUUGUACGUCAGGAAUUUAUAUCCGAAAGAAAUUUUUGUUAGGAAGCAAAUAUAUGGAAUAGCCACACAAGUUUCUGAGCAUCCAGAAUUAAACACUUAUCUGAAAGAAGUACUUAAUUCGAUCAGAGAAUUAAUCAGGCAUGAUGAAAACAGCGUUAGAAAAAUCACACUCUGCUUUUACAAUCAGGAUAAAACACCGGUAGAGCAAUUUGUCUUUGAUCUUGGAAAAUUGAAGGCUGAUUUGGCGGUACAGGAUCCGUUCUUUUUAAAAACAGAAGAAGCUCUCAGAACCUUUUGCCUAAAGCUUUCAACAUCGGGGUCAUAUUUGAAACGACUACCUGAAAAUGCUACGUUUUCCAUUCAAAUCCAAACCCACGAAGCGGCGCACGCUGCGCUGAAUGAAAAUCCAAAAUGUGAAAAUUUUCCCUGGAUCGAAGCCGAAGAAGGUACGACCGAAAUAAAAGAGCAGACCUUGUUACCCCUGAAGUCAAUCAACACCGAAUAUUUGAAUCUACAAAUGUAUGCGUUGGAAAAAGAAAGUAAGAACAAAAAGAAGCAGUGAUUUGAUUGUUCGCUGUUUCCAUUUCUUCAUUCUGUUGCAAAAAUUUACGCACAAACAAAUAAUCCUCAUACAUCUUACAAGGUAGUCAGAAAAGUGAUUCGUAGUGGCAUAAUCAUGGAAAAACAAUGAUCCUGCGCUCAUGCACUAUCCAUUAUUGCUUGAUGAAACAUCUGAACUCACUGAGAUACAUCGCCACAGAACAUUUCAACUUGACUACUCAUCGUAUCUUCAACUGGUACGUACAUUACAUAAUGCACAAUCGAUCGUUGAUGGGUAUUUCAAACAAUAUAUUUCAUUUGCGGCUUAGCAAUAUUAUUGCAUAAUAGCGUUGUGAAAAAGGCUUUACGAUGUAGUA